AUGCUGCGGGAACGACGAGCUUGCGGGACGCCAUCUUUAAACCCCUCUAGAGAGGCCGACUACAGUGGAGACAUCACCGGGAUGAAAAACACUGGCCCCUUCAGCGGAUAAUAUACACAUUAUGUGAAAUGUUCGCCACUUAGUUAAAUGACAAGCUGGGCUCUGUGCGGUGGGACAGAAUGGACAGGAUAAGCGCUUCAGCCGUUUUAAGAAUGUUGUGAUCAUUGGUGGCUAACAACAAUAGGACGGAAAGACAACAACAACGGACUUAGCAUGCUAACGAGCUAGCUAGCAUUAGCCACUCCAUAGGUAAACAUGCAAUUGCGCUUAUCUUCACCCGGACGCCGCUGAUGCUGCGUGUAACUUACCUGGACUCACCCAAGGAGACUUGCGGCCCGGCCGGAGAUGCGUGGAGGAUGUCGGUGUCGGGGCUGAAGGCCGAACUGAAGUUUUUGGAGUCCAUUUUUGACCCAAACCACGAACGGUUCCGGAUUAUUGAUUGGAAACCAGACGAACUGAGCUGUCAGUUCAAUGUAACAGGAGAUAAGCUAUUAAUUAUCCACUGUAACAUUACGGAGUCCUAUCCAUCUACACCACCUAUCUGGUUCGUGGACUCUGAUGACCCCAGCUUGGCGCAAGUGUUGGAACGUUUGGAAGAUGUGAGGAGAGGCAGCACUUUGCUGUUGCAGCAGUUAAAGAAGCUCAUUUGUGACCUCUGCCGGCUCUACAACCUUCCUCAGCAUCCUGAUGUGGAGAUGCUGGACCAGCCGCUACCCGCCGGUCCUGUGGGACAAGAGCGAAAGCAUGGAACAGAGGAGGUCACAUCAGAAGAAGAGGAGGAGGAAGAAAUGGGGGAGCAGGACAUAGAGGACCUGGACCACUAUGAAAUGAAAGAGGAGGAGCCGGUGGAGGGCAAAAAAUCAGAGGAUGACGGCAUUGAGAAGGAGAAUCUGGCCAUCCUGGAGAAGAUCCGGAAGAACCAGAGACAGGACCACUUGAAUGGAGCUGUGUCUGGCUCCGUGCAGGCCUCAGACCGCCUGAUGAAGGAGCUCAGGGAGAUCUACAGGUCGCAGAGUUACAAGACAGGCAUCUACUCAGUGGAGCUAGUCAACGACAGCCUUUACGAAUGGCACGUCAAACUACGAACUGUGGAUCCAGAUAGCCCCUUACACAGCGAUCUGCAAGUCUUAAAGGAGAAAGAAGGAAUGGAUUACAUUUUACUAAACUUCUCCUAUAAAGAUAAUUUUCCUUUUGAUCCUCCGUUUGUGCGGGUGGUGUCGCCUGUGCUGUCUGGGGGCUACGUUCUUGGAGGAGGUGCCCUGUGCAUGGAACUUCUCACCAAACAGGGUUGGAGCAGUGCCUAUUCCAUUGAGUCUGUCAUCAUGCAGAUCAACGCCACUUUAGUCAAAGGAAAAGCCAGAGUGCAAUUUGGAGCCAAUAAAAACCAGUACAAUCUAGCCAGAGCACAGCAAUCCUACAAAUCCCUUGUCCAGAUCCAUGAAAAAAAUGGAUGGUACACACCCCCAAAGGAGGAUGGCUAAACCUUACUUUUGGCUGUUUUUUUGGCAUUUUCUUUCCCUGCGACCAACUUUUUUUUUUUUAAUUUUUGUAACCAUGCAACCAUUUUGAAUGUUUGUGAAGCCAAAUUCCUUUUCCAGUGACCAACCGACCAGAAACAAGCACAUAGCACAUAUCCAACCUUUUCCCCUUCUGCCUGUGGACGUUUAUCUUGUCGUCACAUAUUUAUCUCACUACGUCUGAGCCGCCAUAGCAAUGCUUGCAUCCCAUACUUCAACGGAAAACAAUGGAUAGCUCUCACGCUCCUGUUUGGAUCUGGAUGUUGUCGAUGUUUGUGGCUGAUUUUUAAACCAAUGAUGCCACAUGCUUGCCUUUUUGGCUACAGACCCGGGUGUAAGUGUACUGUUGGACCACACCAUAAUGGGAAAAUGGGCCAAGGGAAUGGUUUGGAAGCUAGCUUGCAUUUGGACUUCUUGUAAAAGCUUGAAACUCUUACAUGGAAAGAAGAUGGAUACCUUUUACGAAGCGGACCGGCACAAAGAACCCUGCGAAAAAGGGCAGGUGUACCCUGCCUAACCAGAGGGUAUCAGAUCACACUGCAAUCUCGUUGUUUUUAAACACCACACGUGUAUACAUGUACAUUUGUAUUUCUGCAAGAGGAUUAAAUCGUUUAUAAUGUAGCCUCGUCUGGGCACAGACUGGUACUUGUGUGGCCGAAACUAUCAACAGCAGCUUCCCCCUUAGAACAAGAAGAAGAAGCUGCAUUAUGAAAACUAAAAUAUGGCAUAUUCUUAUGUAAGCCUAAUGACUACUGUGUUUUUUCUUUAGUAUUCAUUUGUAAUGGCGUUAUUGGUGACAAUGACAUUCCCAUUUUUUUUGUUCAAUGGCACCUCCUAAGUCAGAGCUGUUACUGGCAUUUUGGGGAGUCUUUUUUUUUGUCAUUCCUGAAACCGGACGAACCUCAAGUCAGGCUAUGCAUUGAACAAACCAGUUCGGCGAGUCACCCAUUCACACAAGUCAGUUCUUCCUUCAUGGUAGUCUGGAAAGGGGGGGUGGAGGGGUUGUGAUCUUCUUGACGUAUUCUUGACUGUGUACAUUUAGCUUUCCUCUGCCAGGUUUUCACCAAAUUACAGCAAUAGUCUCGACUUUGCUCUAGUACGCCACUUCCCUAUCCUAGACACCACAGAGCUUCGUCAUUCGUGAUCUUAAGUGAAUCCUGUUCCAAAAAAACGCAUUCCAAUACUGUACUCCAUUGUUGGAUGUUUUCUGGUGACACCGGUAUCCCAUAUUUCCUCACGUAGUGGCCUGCACUCAAUUAAUUUCUGGGUAUAUCAACUUCGUUCUGUAGGCGUAAUCUAGUAAAGCAUACAGAAUGAAUUGAGGAAGUUAUCCACUAUUUGAGGAAAUAUGAUAAUUUUUUAGAAGAACCUAAAAAAAAACAGCGUAGGUAGCUUAAUCACUCUCACGUAAAAUAGAUAAACCUCAACCACAAAAGGUGUGACGUGUUCUUGUCGGGGAAGUUUCAUGUCUGUACGCUGGUACUCACGUCCUCUCAAAAUGGCGCAGAUGCCAUAAUAUGCUCACGCCGGCAUCCUGUGGAGACAUAAACUCAGGAAUACAUACUGCGGACGAGCUAAGGAUCGUCAAUAUUCUCUUCACAUGCAAGCUUGAAAAGGCCGCCAUCUAUUGGACAAUGGCUGUGCAUGAUAAUAUCUCCAUGGGGGGGGGGGGGUCUCAGAUGCUAAAGUUACUGAAGGCAAAGAGUCCUUGUUGUGUUAGCAUAUCAGUUUAUCUACAAUGCAUUGCUUAUUGAACCCACCAGGUUAGGUACAAUCUGUACCCCUGACCUAACCCAGGAUAGUUAGGAUCCUCCCAAGUCUGAUGUGCACUGUUCCCCCAAGGCCGAUGUUUCCAAUGAACAUCACUGACUUGCCGAAUUCCGCUCCAGUAAAACGCAAUUUUCCGGGUUCUUAAGUUAUGCACUGGUUAGCAUGCUUUGGUUUCAGUUCUGAUUUUUUUGGUUUUAUUUUCCAUUGCAAGGGUGAAUUUGACCAUGUAAAGUAAUUUGUAAACUUGCAUCAAGUUUAUGAAUAAAGAAUUUUAUGAAAUA